AUGGCUGGUCCGGGUGAUGCUGCUCCAGUUACUCCCGGGUUGACCUUGCUCGCUGGUGCUGGUCAAGAGCCUGCUCCCGGCCCGACUGCUCCCAGAAAACGUGCGACGAGAAAAGCUGGCAAGGGUAAAGCCGUCCCAGCUUCUUCCGGUCUGAGCACGUCGGCUGGUGGGAGUCCUGCGGGUGUUGCACCUGGUUCAGCGAAACCAGUUGGUGGUAAGGAGCGCAAGGUUGCAACCCGUGCGUUGAAGUCCCAAGCUUCUUCUGCACCUACUUCCUCCUGCACCGCCCCAGUUGCUUCCGGCCCUGCCACGGCGCAGGCUGGCCAUGCGACGGCUGCUUCUGGUCCGACUCCGGCCGCUCCAGUCGCUUCCGGUUCGACCGUGGCCGCUGUGUCGGGUGAGGCAACGGCUGCUCCUGUGGGUCAGGCGCCCAGUGCUGUGCGUCAGCCUGGAGUGGCAAUGGUGAGCUCUGCUCCCAUGGUUCUAUCCUCGGCGCCUUCUCAACUGGGCCAGGCCAGUCAAGCUUCUCCCCCUGCUCCUGCAGCUCUUCCGGCCAAAGAAAAAGAUACUGAAGAGAUUCAGUACCUCAAGUAUUUGGUCGCUUCUGCCAAUUGGGCAAAGCAUCAAGGAAAUCUCGAUGACCUCGAGACCAUCUUUGCGGAGCUGUUGGAGAUCAGGAAGGUGCACCUGCCCAUGCGAAAGGACCUGCCGGGGGAAGUCCACGUGUGUGCAAGAGACGCUCAGAAUGCGCUUCGCAGGUUAGGUGCUCGUGGAACGAAGGUGGCCCACCCCGCUGGAAAUAGCGUCGUGAGUGUGGCACCUUGCGUUUCCACCGCCCAGACUGCUGCUGCUUCCACGUCCGCGUCUGCGACUACGAUUGCGACAAAGGCCCAUCCAUUGGUUGCGCCUGCGUUUACAUUGGCGCCAAGGACAACGACUGCGGUUCAGCAGCAGAACCAGCGGAGCGCUUCAACCCCUCCAGCGUCAAGCCUCAAUCCUUCGGCGAUUCCCGUGGGAACUGCAGAGAUGCAGUAUCUCCGGGACUUGGCCACUGAAGCCAGGAGAUUGGCUAAUGAUGAUGGAUACAAUGGGUUCGAGAGGAUCGAAGGUAUCCUUCAGAUGUUGAAAAACAUCAAGGAGGCGGAUUUGCCGCGCCGUCCGGAUUUUCCCGUGGGGGUUGUCCGGGCGGUGGAUACUAUUCUUGGGGUGGUAUCCAGGUGCAGGUUUGAAGUGAUCGCUUCUAGACCUGCGCAAGGUUCUGGACCUUCUGCGCUGCCAGUUGCUGGCCCCGUGGCAGCACCGGCAGUGCCGAAGGUAGCAGCUCUCCCGGUCGCUGGCCCCGUUGCGGCAGCGCCGGCUCCUCGCAAGAUCUUGCUCGCGCAGGAACCUGCUCUGGUCACUGGCCCCGUUGUGGCAGCGCCAGCUCCGGCCCCACAGCUGUUGUUCCGACAAAAGCCUGUUCUUCUCCCAGCUGGACCAUCGAGUCCACUGGUUCCGAUCCCUACGGAGAUUGGAAGACGACCGAACGCAGUCGUACCUCUUCGGAGGCACGUCUAUGUUUCUGCCCGGCAGCCGCCUCUUCAUCCCCGCCUGAACCAGACACCCGUCAGUGAUGACAGCAGUGCUCUGGCUGCUGACGCGUUUUCGCCGAAGCAGAAGGUUAGGGUGGUGCGAGGGGUGCCGCGGCAGCGUGCACUGGAGGCACCUGGUCCUGCACCCGCGGUCGUGUCCCUACCCGCCAUACGGGCCUGGCGAGAGCCUAGCCCCGUGGUCCCGGUGGUGGAUGAGAGGAUGAGGGUGGAGGAGGAGCGGAGAGCAACGCUGUACGAUGCGGUGUUCGGGUUGGAGGUGUCGAUGGUUCUGGCGACGGGCUAUGGGUUGGUGGCGGGCCUCUGGGUGUGGUAG